AAGAUCAUAUCGACAUUGCUUUUCGCCAUGGCGGAUGAGAAGAGCCCGGUCAUAGUUGAAGCCGUCGCCCGGUCGAUGUCGUCUGUAGACCUCGCACAUGACGACCUGGCCGAAAACGCAAAUGCCAAGGAAGAGGCUCUGAAUCGACUGCGUGAACAGAUUUUGGGUGAACCCCUGCUACACUGCCCAACGGACGACUGGCUGCUCAUCUUUCUACGAGCCCGAAAGUUUGACGCCGACCGCGCUUUCAAGAAUAUCACCAACUACUUCAAGGCCCGGCAGGACAACCCCGAAAUAUUUGAUGACCUGAGCCCGUCCCGUAUCCCCUUCGAAAGCGCCUGCCGUAAGCACCGGCUCUUGACAGUGUCUCGCCACACAGACUCAAAAGGAAGGACAGUUCUAAUGCUGAAGUUUGGCGCCUGGAGCACCGAUGUUUGUUCGAUCAACGAUUUCUUCAGGGUGCUAGUAGUAUUUGGUGUCCACCUCCUUCUCCAAAGAGAGUGCCAAGACAAGGGCGUGGUGGUCGUAGUAGAUUAUACGGGCCUUGGCACCUAUCAUCUGGCCCACUACACGCCUUCUGCCAUUCGAAAGUUGAUCAGGCUUCUACAGGACUGUUUCCCUCUGCGGAUCAAGGCAAUAUACAUUAUCAACCAUCCAGCAAUCUUUGAUCUCUUGUACGCCAUUUCCAGGCGCUUUUUGAAGGCCAAACUAGUAGAAAGGAUACGGCUGUUGGGCUACAACACAGACAAACUGCACGACCUGGUUCCUGCUGACGUGAUCCCAGUCGAGCAUGGCGGCACGAACGAAAGUUACGACUACGACACGAUGGAGAGGGAACUGAUGAAUGAAGAGGACUACUUUGUGGAAAUCAGCUCUUACGGUUAUCUAAGCAAGGCGACAAAAGAGAGUGCUACAGUUUAA